GCCAGGGUUUAAGGGCCGAAAAAGGGCAGCGCAGCCACGAGCAGCAGAAAUGGCCGCUCGUUGGUAGGGUUUUGGCCCCGCUCCGCCCAUCUCCGCCGUCUUCCACCCUGCACCCGCCGCGCACCAUUCCCGCCGCGCUAAUUCGCCAAGCGGCCUGCCGUCUCCACCGCCGCGUCCUCCCCCGCGCUCGCCGCCGCGCAUGGUGCCCGCCUGCUGACCCCCCCCCCUGCGCCGCCACCGCCGCCAUGCCUCCCGCGCAGAUGGUGACCAAUGGCCUUGGGGCAAAAAGGGAGAAUGCAGGGACAAAAAAAUCCCCCCAGCAAAUUCAGAUGCUGGAGAAAUUUUACUCAGAUGUACAGUAUCCAAAGCCAGACGAAAUGGAGCAGUAUGCGACCUGUGUUGGUUUGACCUACAGUCAGGUCCGUAUAUGGUUCAAAGAGCGGAGGAGGAAAGAGAGGAGGGAGAUGGAAACCAUCGGGUCUCACAUGGAAAGGCAACUUAGUGGACGAUCAAGUGGACCUAGAACCAGCAGCAGUUCUUCCUCUUGUAACGAAGCUCCCAUGUAUGGUAUUUCGUGUUCACGACCAGAGUUUGACAGCAGUACCAGCGUUGUAGGAGAGGAAAAUACAGUUCAAUCACAAGUUCUGUUCCCCAAGGAUUAUAUCCUGAGGAAAAUCUUUCGCAAAGAUGGUCCACCUCUUGGGAGUGAAUUUGAUCCCCUCCCCAAAAGUGAACGUGAUCGUAUCAGAGAUACCACAUGCCAUCAUUCCUCUCAAAACCAAAGAGCUGUGAAGAAGAGAAAGAUCAUUGAGUCUACCAGCCAGAGGUCCAGUGUGCCAUACGAGGAUACUGUUCCUGUGAGGAAACACGGAAUUGGCAAAGGUCUGAUGACAGUGUGGCAUGCAAUGUAUUCCCAAUCCCAUAAUGUGGAAUGUCAAAGUGGCCCAAAUUUCAUUGAUGAAACUGGUUGUUUGAGGUCCCUGAGACCGUUUGAUGAUCGUGACGGGUUAGAAGAUAAUGGAAAGACUACUCAAAAUCAAAGUAUGGCACAGAAGAAGGUAGACAAAAGGAGUAAACCUCCAUUGAACAAACGAAAGGUGCCAUGUAAGAGAGUUACAGGUCCAAAGGAGCAUCCUCCGAUGGAUUGCCAUCUUUCAAUCAAUAAAUCAGAAUCUUCAGAACUACUGACUGAGCAGGUGACUUUAGUGGAUGAUGAGGAGCUCGAGCUCAGUGAAUUACAAGCAGGCCCUAAUCCAUUAAGAUGUUCAGCUCAUCUUUCUUCAAGUGGGAGACAUGGCUGCCCCCUUUGUAAAGAUUUACUUGCCAAGUUUCCUCCGCAGAGUGUCAAGAUGAAACAGCCUUUCUCCGCAAAACCUUGGGACUCAUCACCGGAAAUGGUGAAAAAGCUUUUUCAGGUAAUCCGGUUUGUAUACACUCAUUUUGGUACUAUUGAUGUUCACCCCUUCACAUUUGAUGAGUUUGCACAAGCAUUCCAUGACAAGGACUCUUUGUUGUUGGGGGAAGUACAUAUUGGUCUUCUGAAGUUGUUGCUGUUAAAUGCUGAAAUGGGCAGCGAUGGUGUAUUUGUUCCACGAUCUUCUAAAGACUGCAGAUUUCUUAGUUUCCUGAACUUUGUUAGGGAGCAAGAAUUCGAUGUUAAUUUCUGGAUCAGAUCACUGAAUUCUCUUACUUGGGUUGAAAUACUGCGACAAGUCCUUGUUGCUUCGGGCUUUGGGUCCAAACAACAUAUGCUGAAUCGGGAUUUCUUUAACAAGGAGAAAAAUCAAAUGGUCAAAUAUGGCUUACGUCCUCGCACACUGAAAGGUGAAUUGUUUGCACUAUUGUCCAAGGCAGGAAGUGGUGGACUAAAGGUUUCAGUACUAGCCAAAUCAUCUGAGAUUGUUGAUCUUAAUGUCUCGGGCACAUUAGAACUAGAGCAGUUGAUAUAUUUAACUCUCUCUAGUGACAUCACAUUAUUUGAGAAGAUUGCACCUUCUGCAUAUCGUCUCCGUGUUGACCCCCAAAUUAAAGGGAAGGAAGAUGCUAGAUCAGAUAGUGAGGAUUCUGGAAGUGUUGAUGAUGAUGAGGAUGCUAGCAGUAGUGAUGAUGAAUCUAAUGGUUCACAAAAAAUGAACUUACCUGAGCAUGGUGAUAGAAUUGCUCGAAAGAAGGAGCAAAAAAAUGCACAUGGAAGUCCAAAUAAAUGUAGUGAAAUUGAUGAAAGUUAUCCAGGUGAACGUUGGCUUCUGGGAUUAAUGGAAGGCGAGUAUUCAGAUCUAAGCAUUGAUGAGAAGUUGGAUUGUUUGGUUGCCUUAAUAGAUAUUGCUUCUGGUGCUGGUUCUGUUCCAAGACUUGAGGAACCACAAAGAGUAUUGCAUAACAUGCCAAGAGCGCAGCCGCACCAAUCCGGUGGGAAAAUAAAGAAAUCUACUAAAAAUCUUUAUCGAUCUAGUGAUGAGUCCUUAAAUGGACCUGGAAACUCCUACAGUUUGGAUUGUUCUCGGCAAGGCCGAUCAGCAAGCCGAAGAAAUCAGGACUACAUCACGGACUCUGAAAGGAAUGAUCUGUCUGGAGUUGCACAUGAACCACAGGUUGUUCUCUUAGGAUCAGAUCGCAGGUAUAAUAGUUACUGGCUCUUCCUUGGCCCUUGUAGGGCAGAUGAUCCAGGGCAUCGUAGGGUCUACUUUGAGUCCUCAGAGGAUGGCCACUGGGAAGUGGUUGAUUCACCACAGGAAUUACUUUCCUUGCUCUCAGUCCUAGACAGCAGGGGCACUAGGGAAGCCCAUCUCCUUGCAUCAAUGGAAAAGAGACAAGCCUGCCUUUUCGAAGCCAUGAAAAAACAUGUGGAAGGAGGGAAUGCAAUCGGGCUCCCAGCCUCAUCUGAUUCAUUUCGCUCCGAGACAAGUACUGGUGAUGGAGCUUCACCCAAGACAAGUAGUGUAUCUGGAGCUUCACCUGUAUCAGAUGUUGAGAAUGCUUCUGUUCCUCCAGAUCUCGAAGAUAGUAACUUGGAUUCAUCAUCUGCAAUAGUUAUUGAAAAUGGCAAGAGAGGUGAUGAAAGAAUAUUGAUGUGGGAUAGGUUGCAAGCAUUUGAUAAGUGGAUCUGGACUUCUUUCUAUUCUGUCCUUACCACUGUUAAAUGUGGCAAGAAGUCAUUUAAGGAGUCACUAGUUCGUUGUGAAAGUUGUCAUGAUCUAUAUUGGAGAGAUGAGAAACAUUGCAGAAUAUGCCAUUCAACUUUUGAGGUUGGUUUUGAUCUCGAAGAAAAAUAUGCUGUACAUGCCGCAACAUGUAGGGAACCUGAGGAUGCGCACGAGGUGCCAAAUCACAAAGUUCUGCCUUCACAGCUACAGGCACUUAAAGCAGCCAUUCAUGCUAUUGAGGCAUCGAUGCCUGAGGUAGCUUUUACUGGUUCUUGGAUGAAGUCUGCUCACAAGCUGUGGGUUAAGCGGCUUCGACGAACAUCAUCAUUGCCAGAGCUUUUGCAGGUUCUUGUCGACUUUGUUGGGGCAAUGGAUGAGGAUUGGUUGUACAAAAGUUCAUCAUCUGUAAGUUUUAGCUCGUAUUUGGAUGACAUCAUUGUCUACUUUCAGACAAUGCCACAAACAACAUCAGCAGUUGCACUUUGGGUUGUCAAAUUGGAUGCACUCAUCGCGCCUUAUUUGGAUAAACCUGAUACCUCCCGAGCAUUGGCCAUGAAAGAACUAGCACAGGCAAGAUCACAGGCUAGUGCAAGGUAGCUUGGAAGAUGGAUUCUUUCACGUGAUGCUCCAGCAAGCACCCAGCUGACUUCUUUUUCUGGUAUUAUUUGCGAGUUUUGCUUGAUGUUCAAGCUUUUCCUCUAGGCAAGACAGAACGUGAUGUUCACUUUGAGCUUGAGACUAGGUCGUGCACCUCUGCUGUACCGCCCGCGGAACAUUGUGCACCUAUGUACAAUAGUAGGCAGUAGGAAAGUUUUUGUUAAUAAUCAUUGCUUCGGAUAUGUGAAAGUUUUUGGCUUUCCUUGUAGCGAUGGGUGGCAAAACGCACAGCUGAGAUAUAGGCCAUUUCUGAAACAGUUAGGUGGUCGUUGGACCUGGCUAUUAGCUGCGCCCCCUUCUUUUUUAAUGAAAUAAGGGGGGUUAUACAAUUAUUUCCAUAGUUCGGUAUGCUGUGUAGCUUGUUUGCUUCCAGCUGAUUUGGUGAACAAGUUAGGUUGGUUUACUCGCAGUGUACAGUGGUGCUUUCGUGGCCACCGUUUUUUGUACUUGUAAACUACGUCCUCGUAAAUUCAACAGCAGUUCUUAUGUUCUUUCA